GUCCUGACAAUCCGUCCGGACGGUGAGUGCCGGAUAGAAAGAGUUGUCUAGCGAUCCGGACUAUCACUUUCCACACGGAAGGAUUAUGUUUCGCUCUUUUAUCACAAUCUUUUAUUGGCUCCUGGCAUCGGGUGGUGUCAUCGCCCUUAAACUCAUGAGCCUCGAUGUACCAACUGCAAUAAUGCUCGGUGAAUCAGUCUGGCUCAACUGCACUCUAGAUCUAGAAUCAGAUGAACUCUACUCUGUCAAGUGGUAUAAGGACGACGUUGAGUUCUAUCGACAUCUACCACAAGACAACCCUUCUGGACAAAAAUACGACGUUCCUGGGAUUUACUUGGACUUGAGGAAAUCGGUCCAAGGCCACGUAUUUCUCACUAAAACUGAUCUAGAAUCGGAGGGUAUCUACAGAUGCGAGGCAUCAGCUGAAUCACCUACUUUUCAGACGGUUGAAGCGGAAAAGCAAAUGAAAGUAUACGUUCUUCCUCAACAAGAUCCAGUUAUUGAAGGUAGCCAAUUGAGAUAUGAAGUUGGUGAUUAUGUAAAUGUUACAUGCAAAUCUGGAUAUUCAAAACCUGCGGCAGUUUUAAAGUGGUAUGUCAAUGGUAUAAAGAUGGAAAAAGAUGUGGAAAUACAUUAUCCCAACAUUGAACACCCCAACGGAUUGCAAACUUCAAUUUUAGGACUAUUGUUCAUGGUCAAACCCAACCAUCUGUUUCAAGGAGGAGCUAUUACGCUAAGAUGCAUCGCAACAUUUUCUCAGACAUAUUCAACUUCCAGUGAAGAGUUGAUUGUUGGUGAAAAAUAUAGUGGAAUUUCAGCCGCUAUGAAUACCUUAACUGUUGUUGCCAAGGAUGGACCACUGAUCACUGGAGGUGAGACACAAUACAGAGUCGGAGAAUUUCUAAAUCUAAAUUGUUCGUCUACAAAAUCUAAACCAGUUCCAACACUGAAUUGGUAUCUAAACGAUCGAUUAAUUACAAAUGAAUCUGUGGUCCACUAUCCACCACUGAUUCACGAGGACGGAGAGGGGAGGUCGGUUCUCGGCCUCCGCCUACGAGUUCAGCGGAGUCACUUGGACGAGAAUGAGGAGGUGAGGUUGAAAUGCACCUCCACAAUGUCACGAGUGAUAAAUGUGCGGAGCGACGAAAGGACAUUUGGAGGGAACCACCGGAAUUCCGGUCUUCAGGUGGCGGAAAACUAUGGAAAGGUUUCAGAAAGAAAUGCAGCAGCUCAUAUUGCAAGUGUGAAUGGCUCUUUUAAAUUUGCCUUCUUUCUUAUACUGGUUGUUUUCCUUUGACGAAUAUAAAUGUGGGGAAUAAAGAACCAAUAUUUCUUGAGAAACUGCAUGACGCAUUUGUGUUUUCUGCUUUGCCAAACUCCGAGUAAAGUUAUACUUUUCGUCAUCGGUGUAACUUUUCCAAAAAAAAAAAAAAAAAAAAAAAACGUCAGCAAGCGGAAGAAAAAAAAAUCGAUAUCCUGUUUAGGAAACGUCGAUGGAGGAUUGAAAAUGUGAACUUCUGAAGUUCGGGAAGCAAGGACCAAAAAAUGCACUCUUCAAAUUUAAGCACCGUGAUACGAAAGUUUGGAGACAUUAUUUGAAGAUAGAUAUGUGAUGACAGAUGUCAAACAGUUUUUUUUUAAUAAAGAAAUGUGUACAGUGUU